AUGGGACUUGGGAACGUUCGAGACAACAUGGUCAGAUGCCCAAAGACGCGUACACAGCGCAUGCCCAAACGGGACUUGCUAUCAAAAGGGCAGGUGGGCCCCCCGCUAUUCUUCUGGUUUCCCUCCCCGGGCAUUAACAAAGAACUGCCGGGCGAUACCCGUUGCUCUUGCGUACGUACGGAUAGGAAGGAAACUCAACCCGGAAACACUAAUGUUUGCCAUGACUCAACCGACCACCAAUAUCAUUCGAUUCCAAGUGUUUAG